GACGCUACGUCAGAGUAUUGUUUACAUUUUGCAAAGAUGUCGGUGACGGAGACGGAUCCCCCUUUUCGUGCUAUGGUAAGGGCUAGCGGUCUAGGCGAAGUCUGGACCCACAGCACAGAAGCCAGUAAAUUCAACCAAUUUGGCUGGAGAUGUACAAAUAAAGAAAACUCGUACUCUAACGACACAUUAAUUGGUAAUUGGAAUGAGCAAAGAUUCGAUAUCGAUAUAGAAAAACAGGCUAAACGGAACCCAGGCCAGAAUGAACAUUACUUCGAGUCAAGUUACGGAGUCAGUUAUAAUAAAUCACCACCGUAUGAAGUUCCUAAGGAGUUAAUUCAUUUGAAAGAGAGACACUCUCAUGCAUUUCCGGGACACCAACCUGAAAUUGACCACCCUAAGCUGAAAUCCGUUUAUAAUAGUUGGGAAACUACCACCCGCGCCGCCUAUGUAGAUCCUAAGAUCCGCCGACAGCCCCUGAAAGAUCCAAUCAGCUAGUCAAAGGAUAGCCAUUAGAAUAGUAUUGACAUUUCAUUAUUGAAUAUUGAUUUAAAUAGGUACAUGUAACACAACGUACACCUUACGAAAGAUAUAGAUAUAAUAUAUUGAGACAGUGAUGUGAACAAGAUUCUUUUCUCUUUACUUAUCUGUAAGAGUAUAUAUUAUAUUUUUAUGAGAUUUUUUUUUCAUUACAGUAUUACUCCAGUAUUAUAUAACUGUAACCAGAGCCUGUAUAUGCUUCAGUAUUAUAUUUGUCAUAUAAGAACUGCAUAAUUUCUUGGUGGUUGAUUUGCUCUGUUUACUGCUCAAUUUCGUAUUUUACUAUUUGCUAACUUGCUGGGUUUCCUUUUCACAUGGAAUGCAUUUUUAUGUAGUCUAUUACUUAGACUUUGAU